UCUCCUCCUCCUUCCCUCAAACAAAUCGUAGUAUGGCCACAAGAAUGGUGGGAAUCGUUGGAGUUGGACCAUCCCAAUCCAAAGGAUGUCCUUCUACCCUUUCGGUGAAUUCACUCCUUGGUGGCGCUGAUUUUCUUGAUGAAGAAGAUGAAGAAGAAAUCGCCUAUUGUCACUCUGCAACAGUUCAUCUUCACCAUAGCUCCUCUGAUCGAUGUGGGGUUCAUCUUCGCUUUGUUUGGCACCCACGAUGUAGCCGCAUUAAACUGAACAUGGCUGAUUCAGGAGCUCUUGGACAAAGUGUAGUUUACUGGAUAAAGGAUUCUUUAAUCACUGUUGCUUUUGAUAACAUCCAAGAAGAAGAUUUAAACUGUCCGUUAUAUCUAGAAAAAGAGUCAAAUGGGGUGAGCUUGAAUUCUGGUUAUUGCAUCUCAAAUGGCCUUUCGGUGCUCUAUGCUGAACUUCAUAGUGUGGACCUUAGAGGAAUCUAGCUGAAGUCAAACUUCGAUUUAUAUUGUCACAUAGAAGUCAAACUGUGUUGUGAUUCAUACUGUCACAUCUUUACAAGACUGAAUAUAAUGGAACUAGUAUAGAAGAUUACAUCCUAGGAUGAAGGAUGCCUUUAUAGAACUGAGUAAAGGUUUGCUAUCGGUGCCAGCUGCGGAUCUAGUUCCUUCUUGUCUGGUGAGAGAUUGCCAACAUUGUCAAGGAAGGAUGUGACGUUAGACCCUUUUAACUCUAACCUUUAUCACUAUCAGGAUGCCAUUUCAAAAGCUUUGUCAACAAAGGAUGUAGUUUUGCUGCAUGGAUCUCCUGGACCUGGGAAAAGUGCAGCUGUAGUGGAAAUUAUUAUCUUACAAGAAGUCAAGCAUGGCUUAAAGAUUCUUGCUUGUGCUGCUUCUGAUAUUGCUGUUGACAACAUUGUUGAGUGACUUGUUCCCCUCUGGUAAAGUAUAAAUUAGUAUACAAGAAGAUAUAUCUGCAACUGACCUUAGUGCUAACCUAUUAAAGGGGGAGUUUUUUGUAAUUAAUUGUGCUUUAUAUU